GAAAUCGUUGAAACUCGACCGGUUGAAUAAGAGACCGUACACGGUUCGUUGACCAGUGGACCAAUAUGUCGGCUCAGUUCCAAUUACUCGACGAGAGGAAGAAAAAGGAAAGAAGCCACGAUUGCUUCCGAUAUUCUACGACCGAACGACUAGUCGUCGAGAUUAUAACGCAUGGAAAACAGUUUUAGUGCUGGCACCAGCCGUCUUCGUCGUUUUCUCGAUGCAACAUACAUUAUUUUUAUCAACUACGAUCCUCCUAUUCGUUGGAUUUGUCUUUCUUUCUUUCUCUUUGUGGAUCGAAGCCAUUCUUCUCUAUCCCUCUGGUUCCGUAUUUCAGAUCACGUUGGGCGCAUCGGUGCCAGUGAGAUCGAACAAAAGAGGAAGCGUAGUUUUUUCAUCCGGAUUUCAAUACAACUAUUUUUUACCAUCGAAUGUAUCAAAUUUUAAAUCUACGAUCGUCGUUGCCAGGCACGUUAGAGAUCUCGAUCUUCGAGACACCUACUCAACGAUUGAAAAUUUGUUGGAGGAAUAUGGCUGGGGAAAUGGAAGAGAAUGCCUUUUAAGGAGUAUUUGCGAACUCGCGGAAGUUCCGCUUCUCAGGAGAGAACAGGAUAUCGUCGAAGAAGCGAUACAUUUAAUUUUAACACCGACUGAGGACUUGGCAACCUCAGUUAAUUCCACUCAUCGGAGCGUUGAGGAGUCGUACAGGGAAGCUGAACGAUUGGGGAAGUCUGGCGUUGACUGGAAACAAGAAAAAGGGUUGGUGAAAGGUCGCGAAACAACACGUGCCUUCCUUCUAACCAUCUGUUCAACAUCGAUCUCCAAUCUCGAUUAAUCCACUCUUCAAAAUACAGUACAUACGUUACAGGGGCAUCCGAGCGGGUCUUGAAACUCUGCAGAACGUACAGACCACAAUUUAUCGCAGGUGUCGAGUCGCUGACCGAGCGAUUCUGCUCUUCCCAUAGCUCCUAUACUCGCG